UGUCGCGGCGGCGGCGGCUGCGACCUGCCCGCCGAGUGGCGCCCGCUCAGCGAGGGCUGCCGCGCCGAGCUCGCCGCCAUCAUCGUGUACGCGCGGGUGCUCGCGCUGCACCCCGACCCCUACGGCGCCUACAACUACCUGCCCUGGCAGCGGGGACCCCCGCCGGGCGCCGGCGGCCUCUUCUACUCGGCCGAGAUCGAGCUGCUGUGCGACCAGGCGUGGGGCAGCAUGUUGGAGGUGCCCGCCGGCUCCCGCCUCAACCUCACCGGCCUCGGCUACUUCUCGUGCCACUCGCACACGGUGCUGCAGGGCUACGCGUACUUCUUCUUCCUGCGGAUGGAUGAGAACUACAUCCUCCUCCCUCACGGCGUGAACUUCCAGGAGGCGAUAUUCCCAGACACGCAGGAGAACAGGMGGACGUUCUCCAGCCUCUUCCAGUUCGCCAACUGCUCGCAGGCGCAGCACACCCUGGGCUUCGCCAGCGACUGGGAGAUCCAGGAGGAUAACAGGCUCAUGUGCUCCUCUGUCCAGAAAGCCCUGUUCGAGGAAGAGGACAGAGUAAAGAAGCUGCAGCAGAAGGUGGCAACGCUGGAGAAGCGCAACAAGCAGCUGCGAGAUCGGGUGAAGAAAGUGAAGAGGUCUCUCCGGCAAGCCCGAAAAAACACCCGGCACAUGGAGCAGAUGAACCGAAAGCUCAGUGAGAAACUUUCCUCUACAGGUGGCCAAAUCCCCUAUAUUAACUCUUUAAAGCAAGAGAACUCCCAUGCUUCCUACCUUAAAGUUUAAUGCAAGCGGGAAGUGUCCAGGUGAAUGAUACUGGUGAGUUUUGCCUGCAUUAGAACAGGAUCUGGCCCUCACCCCUUGUCUACACUGUGCUUCAAAGGCUGCAUGGAAAGCAAAUCUGAGCUUGUGCUAGGCACAGUGCUAGAGGAGAGCAGAACACAAACCAGAUUUCUUUAGGUGUUGAAGAUACAGCCCAAAGCUAUGUCCGUGCUGCUCUGUGUGGACAUAGUCUGUCCUAUGCCAUCAGCCUCUGCAGCCACUUGACAUAGGAGCACUUCUAGGAGGGCUCUGGUGUCAAUGUGCUGCUCAAAGUGAGCUGUGCAAGCAAGGUGGAGGGUAUGUGUGGAGAUGGAUGCUGUUGGAAGGGCAGACAUAAAUGUUCUUCACUCCAUCAUCACCCCCAAGCUCUUUUUCUGCCAUUAAGCUUGUUGAAAGUGCAUCCAGACCUUAAAAAAGGGCUAUUUCUGGAUAGUUUGGACACUAUAGUGUGGAUAAUUGGCUUGGAUUGGGGUUCCUCUUCAAAAUGAAGCAUGGAUGUGCCCAAAUURUCUUAAGAAUUUCUAAAUAUCACCUUUUUUAUUUCACCAGAAGUACUCCAAGGGUCACAGUAACCCCCUCAUAUGCUUUCAGUGUUGCCCAGCCAACAAAGUUGGAAGCCACAUCAUUUUGGGACUGUGUCUAGUUCAGCUCCUGCAGUCAGGAGUGGACUUAGCAUUGAUUUAGAGUGGGUGCUGGAUCAAGCCUAGCAGACCCUUUCAGAUCCAUUUUUCAAGCAGGUCUAAUUUACAGUGUAGACAAGGUUUUACGUUUUGUAAUCACUGUUUGAGGUAUAAUGGA